UUUUUCUGUUAGAGCGGGUAUUUGCGCAUACGUUUUCUUGCGAAUGAAUUCAAGAAUCGAGCCCCUGGACGGUCGCGGGAUUUCGUCGUCUUUCCCGCACGACUCGUUAAUGUUGAGCCCUUUGACACGAGCCCUUGGACACGAGAGAGAAAACAAAAGUGUCGCGCAUAUCGAGCUUCCCCUCUCCGGGGCGAGGGGGGAGGCGAGCAAUCCGACUGUGUUUUUUAGGUUAUAGAAACCAGUGGUCGCCAAUAGACACGCGGGCCUUAUGUACUGGAACAGAACAGUAGGCAACGCCGUACGGGAGGAGAUGCCUCUGAGCUCGAUAAGUCAUACCGCGGGUGUACCCGGCGGUGCCGUUGCGACAGAAAGCGUGAACCCCGGCACGAGCACGCAGAUCACGACGACCUGCUGCACCCCACCGCCAUCCUAUCAUAACAUCAAUCUACCCUUCGGUCAUCCCUCUACGUUGACCAACGAACGUGGUGCGCCACCCUCGUACGAGGAGGCGAUAGAUCCCAACGCACCACCGCCGUCCUACGAUUCCCUGUUUGGUCGUAUGAGAGAGGCCCGUAAAAUAUCCAAAGGCAUAUUCGACUUUUUAAAGAAUAUCGUCGUCCUGCUCUUAGGUACAAUCGGGUGUACCAUCAUACUCGGAGUGACGAUAGUGGUACCAAUUUGUAUGAUGGUAAUCGGUGGACUCUACCUUUACGAUUGUCCACAGGGUGAAUACAUUCCCGUAUAUUUGUUGGUAGGCGGUGGAUUUGGAGUAUUUAAGCAAUUAUUAACUUUAUCAGCCAGAGUACGACAGCGCCAAGAGGAGAGAGAUGAAGAGAGAAUCAGGCAAUCGCCAACACAGACUCUGAUUAACUGUUUUAUGCUGGGAUGGUUCAUUAUCGGUUCUAUGUGGGUAUAUAAGGAGUACGAACCAAAUUAUGAUCCAGCAUUGGGGAAAUAUUGCAACAAGACAUUAUAUUUAUUCGCCUUCUGGCUGAUUACGUCAGUUUAUAUUUGUAUGGGCAUCAUAACGGCCGGCCUGUGUAGCAUCUCUGUAGCUAGCAUCGCGUUUCAAAGACCGCCAUCGGACUUGAUGUGAGAUAGCGUCAUUUAGCCGCUUCGUGUCCAUGUCUUCGAAAAUGACGUGCAUCCAAGAUCUUCCGCAUUUGACGGAAUAGGCAGGAUCAUAUUUAUUGAAUAAAAAGGGAAAUCCUGUUUACUUGCAACAUGGAUAAUAAGCGCGCGCAAUUUCGCAAUAUUGUACGCACUCGGUUUUGCGGAAAUAUAACCGACACUGUCUCUUGUUUCCCCUUUGACCGAGAUAUGAACAAUAAAUACAGUUCGUUCGUGUAUAGAUAUAUUAAGACAUCGACGACUGGAAGUUGAAGUGUUGAAGAAAGCUUCAAUUUGUACAUAGAUAUGGACGUACGUGCCGUACAAAGAAGAGAACUCUCACUUUGAUAGCGAAGUGACAGAAUACGAUGAUAUUUGUCCUUUGAAACGCAGUCACUUCGCGUGAUCGAGCGCAAAAAAAUUCGUCCACAUUUACGUACCUGAGUUGCUUAAACGACUAUUUCGAAGAAAAACUCGUUGGCACAUUUAACGCACAUUAGGCAAUCCCGCGGGUGCGCAAUACGUGUCUUAAACUUCAAGGUACGAACAGGGUAUAAAAAAGUUACGAUUAGUACGAAACUGGAUUAACGUAACUCUUUAACUUUGUCGGUUCAUAUCUCCGAAUAAAUUUAAUCAAUUUCAACGCAUUUUUUUCAAUCGAAAGGAAAAAGAUUCGGAACUAUAAUGGUGUUGAUUAAAAAGUUAAAGAUAUUAAAAGAAAAGAGAUUUUUUUUAAAGAAUGAGAAAGAAACGAAAAA